AUAUUUGUUGAAUGCGCAUGUCUUCUAGAAUAUUCCUUUCUAUUCCAUAAUUUGAGUGAAGCAGACGCUCAAAAUUUUUAAACGAUUUAAUCGAUCAUCAUCUGCAGUUUCAUCUUUGAGUUGUCAUAAGUAUGUUACGGGCAUCGAGAGUUUCGAAGUCUAGAAGUCCCUAUUCACGGACAACAACGACAAAUUCUGCAGCCAGGGCCAAAAAACGAAGUGUACCUGAAGCAACGCUCCCUCGACUGCAUGAUGUCGCCAUUGUUGACCAGGCACCGAUCGUGACUGACCAGGCACCGAUCGUGACUCAAAGUCAGACUGUGUCCACUGUCGCCUCCUUAGUUCCCCUGCAGCCCGCUAGUUCAGCUGAAGUUAAUCAAGUGGACCAGGUUUCGUCAAUUGGCUCCUUGGGCAGACCCCUUUCCCUCCAUGGUACCUAUUCAGUUUUGGAGAGCUAUUCAGGAACUGUAGCCAGUCUUCUGCAGGCCAGUGUAUCUCAAAAUACAGCGAAUGUAUACCGUCAGGGAUUGCAAAGUUUUUUCAAUUUUAGACAACAUUUGUCAUUCCAGCAGAUAUGGCCCCCACCCGUUGAUCACAUGAUUAAUUUUAUAGCAUAUCUGUCAGAGAGUAAUAUGGCUUUUUCUACUGUCAAAUGCUAUUUAUCAGGAAUCAGUUUCGUCAUUAACUUGCAUGGUUGGCAGAAUCCAGUGGAUUCAUUUAUUAUUAAGAAGUUGUUAGCUGGUUACAAGAGAUGUAAUCCGUCUCAGGAUAUAAGAAAACCAAUUACAUUACCUUUGUUGAAUAGCAUUGUCAGUGUUUUGCCACAUUUGUGUUUUUCUGAUUUUGAAGCAGCUUUAUUUCAGUCUGCUUUUGCAUUGGCUUUCUUUGCAUUACUAAGGGUGAGUGAAGUGGUGGCUUUGGGUGUCCAGCAUAUAACUGUAUCUAGUGAUACCAUUGAAAUCUUUAUCAAAACAUCUAAGACUGAUCAAAUUGGUGCGGGGGCAUUUGUGCAUGUGAAAAAAUCAAAUGAUACAAAUUUAUUGUUUCAAUCUUUGCAGAAGUUUGCUGCAUUAAGUACCAAUGUAAAAAGGGUGUCCUACUUUUCUCAUUUAAAUUCCAAACCCUUAACCGAAUACCAGUUUUCGUCCAUGUUAAACAAAGCUUUGCAGUUUCUGAAUAUACAGUCAACUCAAUUUAAGACGCACUCAUUUCGCAUUGGGGGUGCAACCCACUUGUAUACAAAAGGGUUUUCAGAGGAUCAUAUUAAGCAGAUGGGAAGGUGGCAGUCAGCAGCUUACAAAUCGUACAUAAGACCAUAUUCGAUUUGGAUCAUAGGCUCGUCAAUUAUUCAUUGGGCUCACAUAUAUGCGAAGAAUUCAAAUCAAGAGAAUCUUGGGCAGGAGUCUUCCAACAUCUUGUGGCAUGGAAUUCGGGGUAUGGUCUGGGAGCAAUUAUAUCCCACAAUUGAAUUUUUGUUAGCUCGUAACAAGAAGCCAAAGAUUAUUAUUAUACAUUGUGGGGGCAAUAAUAUUGGUCAGGCUCACAAUACAUUAAGGGGUCUUCAAAAAUAUUACAAGUCAACUUUGGCAAAUAUUGCUAAUUUACUUCCACAAACUUUUAUAAUUUGGUCACAUAUUUUGCCUCGAAAUAAUUGGAUUAAUUGUCUUGCAAAUACAGAAGGACAAAACUGUAGACGUAGAAUUAAUAGUGACUGUGCUACAUUUGUGCUAAAUAAGUUUCAGGUUCGGGGUGCAUCAGUCAGUUAUCCAGAUAUUAGAGCUCAAUGCAAGGAAUUAUUUAGAAAAGAUGGAGUUCAUUUGUCAGAUUUGGGAAACAGUAUUUUUAUCAAUACUUUGAGGAAUGCUUUGGAUCAUUUCAUUGGUUGUAAUUUUGUUUCGUCAACAUUUCCUUGA